GCUACCAGAUCUCACUCUCCAAAUUUCGCAUUACCAACAAUGUCGGCCCGUUUGAUUCUCGUUCUCUCUCUCACCGCUCUUCUAGUCUUCUCUAAACUCUCUCCUUCACUCUCCAAAUCUGAAAACGACAAGCAACAACAAGACGACGACGACGAAGAUCUCAGCUUCCUCGAAGAGGAAAAUGAUAAAAACGACGCCACCUCUGACGACACUCACCACUACCCUGAUUCAGACCAAUUCGAAGAAGAUGACAUUGAUGACGACGAUUUUGAAAACUACUCUGAUUUUAACGAUUCUGAAUCCGAUCCAUAUAAGGAACCUGAAUUUGACGAAAAAGACGUCGUUGUUUUGAAGGAAAGGAAUUUCACCGAUAUUAUUGAAAACCACAAGUUUGUGAUGGUUGAGUUUUACGCGCCGUGGUGCGGCCACUGUCAAGCUCUAGCUCCUGAGUAUGCGGCGGCAGCUACGGAGUUGAAGGGAGAGGAUGUGGUGUUAGCGAAGGUGGAUGCUACGGAGGAGAGUGAAUUAGCGCAGGAAUAUGAUGUUCAAGGAUUUCCUACUGUGUAUUUCUUUAUUGAUGGAGUUCAUAAGCCUUAUCCUGGGCAAAGGACAAAGGAUGGUAUUGUGACCUGGAUCAAGAAGAAAAUUGGACCUGGUAUAUACAAUAUUACUACAUUGGAUGAUGCUGAAAGAAUUUUGACUUCUCAAAAUAAAGUUGCUCUCGCCUAUCUCAAUUCUUUGGUGGGUCCUGAGAGUGAGGAGGUCGCUGCUGCCUCUCGGUUAGAAGAUGAUGUCAACUUCUAUCAAACUGUGAAUGCUGAUGUGGCAAAGCUUUUCCACCUUGACCCUAAAGUUAAACGCCCUGCUUUAGUCAUGAUUAAGAAGGAGGCUGAGAAACUGAGUUACUUUGAUGGUAACUUUUCCAAGUCUGAGAUAGUGGAUUUUGUGUUUGCCAACAAACUUCCUUUGGUGACCAUUUUUACUAGAGAAAGUGCCCCUGCAAUAUUUGAGAGUCCAAUUAAGAAACAGCUGUUGCUUUUUGCAACCUCAAAUGAUUCAAAGAAAGUUUUGCCACUAUUUGAAGAAGCAGCCAAAUUUUUCAAGGGAAAGCUUAUCUUUGUAUAUGUUGAAUUGGACAAUGAAGAAGUUGGGAAGCCUGUGGCAGAUUAUUUUGGCAUCUCUGGAGAUGCUCCCAGUGUUCUUGCUUACACAGGAAAUGAGGAUGGCAAGAAAUUUGUAUUUGAUGGGGAAUUUACCUUCGAUAAGAUUAAGGCAUUUGGAGAGGAUUUUCUUGAAGACAAGCUUAAACCUUUUUUCAAGUCAGAUCCAAUUCCUGAAACUAAUGAUGGCGAUGUCAAAAUAGUUGUUGGGAAUAACUUUGAUGAAAUUGUGCUGGAUGAAUCCAAAGAUGUUCUCCUUGAGAUCUAUGCACCUUGGUGUGGACACUGCCAAGCUUUAGAGCCAACAUAUAACAAGCUUGCCAAACAUUUGCGGGGCAUUGAAUCUAUUGUUAUAGCUAAGAUGGAUGGAACAACGAAUGAGCAUCCUAGGGCAAAGGCUGAUGGCUUCCCCACCAUUCUCUUCUUCCCAGCUGGAAACAAGAGCUUUGAUCCAAUAACCGUAGACACUGAUCGAACUGUGGUAGCAUUUUAUAAGUUCAUCAAGAAACAUGCAUCCAUCCCCUUCAAGCUUCAGAAACCAACAUCAACUCCAAAAUCCGAGAGUUCCGAUGCCAAAGAUACCCAAGAAAAUAGCACCAAGGAUGUGAAGGAUGAAUUGUGAGGAAUAUAGGAUUUUAUAUACUUUGCUAAGUUAUGUAUCUUUUUAUGUGUCAUCAACUAGGUUAAGGCAAUAGCGUCAGUUGAAAAUAUGUGAGCAGAGAGGUUAAAAUGUCCAAAUUGAGUUGAAAUCAUUAACACCCUACCCAAAAAGAAAAGGGGGAAAAAACGGGAGAAAAGAGACCUAAAAGUAGAAAGGAAACCACAAAAGGUGUGUAUUAGCUUUCAAGUUUUGUUUCUCCUUUGUUGGAAGAUUCCGUUGAAAAUAGUUUUAAUAAAAGCAUAAAACGCUUCUUCCUUAGUUUGCA